UAUGGCGGUUCCUGCGACGACGAGAGUCUGCAAGAAAAGUGCUGAAAAAUAGGAAAUAAAGUGAAGACAUGAGGGGGGUUGACUUUAAAAACUCUGCGACCGAAUCCAGCGGGUGAUCGGUGCUGAAAAGUGGCCGAAAGGACAUAAAUAAGAGCGGGAAAGAGAGCGUUUAUACUCGCCUGAGAAGAGAGAGAUGCACGCGGAAGUGACGAGGACUUUAAUAACUAAAACAAACUCCAACUAACAUUACAAAUCAAAGUCUCACACAUGGACAGAUAAACUGGAUAAAAGUUUCCGGAGGAACUUUUGAGGGGUCCUGUGAGUGUUCAGACACUGAUUCAUAUUUGUUUCACACUUACAUGUUACAGUUAACUCUCCCAUAACGGCUGUUUUGAAGAGGAGUAACUUUAAUCUUAAUAAAGUUCACAGCUGAGGCAGAAGUGUAAUAACUACUGAUCAUUCACAUAUGAUUGACACUACAGUCUAAACGGCAAAUAACCACCGCAUAUAAGCAUAUGCUUUAUACAGUUUUGCAUUUAUUCAGAUCAAAAUCUUUUUGACAUGCAAGUUGGACUGUCACGUGAAUAAUGAAGAUAACUCAAAUGUCAUGCACAUCAGGAUAUCUGCAUCGUUGAUUGACGUGUCUGGUGUGUCAGAGUCAUUAAUAUGAAUGAUUGCGUCACUAUGACUGACAGCUCAUCACACAAGAGCAGGUUAGAGUGCAUUCUUUGAUUUUAGUUUCUUAGUUAUGACACCGUUCAUCAUGUGUUUGACCUGGAGAUUGCCAUGAGGUUGAUUGUGCCUUCAUCCUCCUCUUCCUCAGUUAAUAUUUAGCCUUCAUUUUCAGUCAUCUGGGCUGCAGCCUUCCUCUGAGAAAUGGAUGCAAGUCUGACAUUCACAGUAAAUUAACAUUAAUGCAUUCAAUUAUCACCUUUUAUGAAUUUAAUAUGUGAAAAUGAAAUGAAAAUUCACCCAUAGUGCUUCAAACCUCACUCUACUUCUAUUUUAUGGCGAUUUAAGUGUAAAAUCAGUAACUUUUGAGUGAUUAUCAGUAAUCGAGCUGUCAGGAAAUAGAUUUCCACACACAUUCAGCAGUCAAUGCAUGAUACACACGGGGAUCUUCAGAGUUGUGUCCCAUCACCUGAGGACUCUGCUCUGGUCCGUCCCGUGUGCCACUGAAGGAGGAGGACACGACGUUCACUCCAUCAUCAAACUGUCAUCACUCAUGCCCUUAUGGGGCAGCAGCCGGGGAAGUUUGUUGGGGACCAGAGGAGACCGAGUCUGCCAGCGCUGCCCUUCAUCAAGGGUGCCAUGAAGAGAGAGUCCACACGGCAGGGAUCUCAACACUUCAAUGUGUUCACCGUUCAUGAAGCUCUUCAGCGGCCAGAUUUCGAGCCGUCUGGUCUGUCUGAAGCCGGGCGCUGGAACUCCAAAGAGAAUCUGCUGUCAGGACCCAGUGAGAAUGACCCCAACCUGUUCGUAGCACUCUAUGACUUUGUGGCGAGCGGUGACAACACACUGAGCAUCACCAAAGGGGAGAAGCUGAGAGUUCUGGGAUAUAAUCAUAAUGGCGAGUGGUGUGAAGCUCAGACGAAGAACGGGCAGGGCUGGGUGCCCAGCAACUACAUCACGCCCGUCAACAGCCUGGAGAAGCACAGCUGGUAUCAUGGACCUGUGUCGCGGAAUGCCGCAGAAUACUUGCUGAGCAGCGGCAUCAACGGCAGCUUCCUAGUGAGAGAGAGCGAGAGCAGCCCGGGACAACGGUCCAUAUCGCUGCGCUACGAGGGCCGAGUCUACCACUACCGCAUCAACACCGCCUCGGAUGGCAAGCUGUACGUGUCGUCUGAGAGCCGUUUCAACACGCUGGCGGAGCUGGUUCAUCAUCAUUCCACCGUAGCAGAUGGUCUUAUCACAACACUGCAUUAUCCAGCACCCAAACGCAACAAGCCUACCAUCUAUGGCGUCUCGCCCAACUAUGACAAGUGGGAGAUGGAGCGGACCGAUAUCACCAUGAAACACAAGCUGGGUGGAGGGCAGUACGGUGAGGUGUACGAGGGCGUGUGGAAGAAAUACAGCCUGACUGUUGCUGUGAAAACACUAAAGGAAGACACGAUGGAAGUGGAGGAGUUUUUAAAAGAAGCUGCAGUCAUGAAAGAGAUUAAACACCCAAACCUGGUGCAGCUGUUAGGUGUCUGCACUCGAGAACCUCCCUUUUAUAUCAUCACAGAGUUCAUGACCCAUGGAAACCUGCUGGAUUACCUGCGUGAAUGUAACCGUGAGGAAGUCAACGCUGUUGUGCUGCUGUAUAUGGCCACACAGAUCUCCUCUGCGAUGGAGUACCUGGAGAAGAAGAACUUCAUCCACAGGGAUUUAGCUGCCCGUAACUGCUUAGUUGGGGAAAACCACUUGGUUAAAGUGGCAGACUUUGGACUGAGUCGCCUGAUGACGGGGGAUACUUAUACAGCUCAUGCAGGAGCCAAGUUUCCCAUUAAAUGGACUGCACCAGAGAGUCUGGCCUAUAACAAGUUCUCUAUAAAGUCAGAUGUAUGGGCAUUUGGGGUCCUGCUUUGGGAGAUUGCCACCUAUGGGUUGUCUCCAUAUCCUGGAAUUGACCUGUCCCAAGUGUACGAGCUACUAGAGAAAGAUUACCGCAUGGACAGACCUGAGGGAUGCCCAGAGAAAGUCUAUGAGCUCAUGAGGGCCUGUUGGAGAUGGAACCCUGCAGAGCGGCCUUCUUUUGCCGAAACCCACCAAGCAUUUGAGACCAUGUUUCAAGAAUCCAGUAUCUCUGAUGAGGUGGAGAAAGAGUUGGGGAAGAAUGGUAAGAAGCUGACUUUGGGCCCAAUACAGCAGGCACCAGAACUACCCACUAAGACAAGGACAACACGAAGACACAUGGACAGUAAGGACGGGGACAGUCCUGAUGCAGCAGAAGCUGAGGUUGCCGGGCCUCUGAUGCUCCCAAGGCCUCUUCUUGAUAGCAACUUGAAUGAAGAUGAUCGGCUAGUUAAAGAUAAAUUCAGAAUGAAUCCCUUCAGCUACAUCAAGAAAAAGAAGAGAACUGCUCCUGCACCUCCAAAACGUAGUAGCUCCUUUAGUAAGAUGGAUGGUCAUCUGGACCGAAGAGGAUUGGGACAUGACUGUAGGGAUGAGUUCAACAAUGGUGCUUCCACAAAUGAUGCCAUUCACAGCAUUGACCCUUCAAAAUUGUUUGGUUCUAAUAAUACCACAGCUGUUGGAAUAACCAAUGGAGCCCUAGUGUAUCCUGGGCAAGUCUUUCCUCCUCUUUCACGGAGAAAGGGAACAUCUACAACAACAGGUGGAGGAGGGAAACUUGUCACCAAUCCUCCAGCGGAGGAAGAUCCUAUCUCAAACUCCAAGCGCUUCCUGAGGUCAUCUUCAGCGUCCAGCAUGCCCCCAGGGUCUAACCGUAAGGAGUGGAGGUCGGUUACCCUUCCUCGUGACAUUCAGUCAUCUCAUUUUGACUCUGAUACCUUUGGAGGAAAGCCAGCUCUGCCCCGUAAGAAAGGAGAUUGUAUCCCUCGUGUUGGUACCCUUACCCCACCACCACGCCUUCCCAAAAAGACAGAGGAUGCAUCCGAUGAGGUUUUCAAGGAUGCAGAAUCUAGUCCUGGAUCAAGUCCUUUGACCCUGACCCCGAAGAUAGGCCGUCGGCCACAGACGGAAAGCUCCAAAACGAGUGCCUUACAGGCUGAGCUGCUCAAGCCCAACGUGUUUCCACCUCUAGGAGCAGCUGCGGAUGAAUGCAGACAUCGUAGACAAAAACCCUCUUCUGAUGUCCCUGUACAAAGAGAGAGAGAAAAGGGAAAGUUUGCAAAACCUAAACCAGCUCCUCCUCCACCUCCCGUCUCAAGCUCCAAAUGUGGCAAGACUUCAAGGAGUCCCACUCAUGAUGUUUCUUCAGAUUGUAAAGUCAAAGUCCCCUAUGACUCAAGUCCUCCAAGCUCUGGCGCCAUAGAACAAGUCAGGGGUACUCUUUCCCAGGAAAGUGCCAAAAAAUUGCCAAAAAACACCUCAAAAGUACAGCCUCCAAAGACCUCGUCUACAUCACCAACCAGUCAGCCACUAGGUAUAGGAACAGGCGAACGAGGAUCAAACUUUCGCAGUUCAUUGCGGAAAAUGCGGCAACCAUCCGAGAAACUUUCCAACACUGCCAUCACACGCGAGAUGGUCCUGGAGAGCACAGAAAUUCUGCGGGCCGCUAUUGGCAGAAUUUCAGAACAGACCGGUAGCCACAGCGCAGUAUUGGAGGCCGGCAAGAACCUGUCCAAGUACUGCGUGAGCUACGUCGAGUCCAUCCAGCAGAUGCGGAACAGGUUUGCUUUCCGUGAAGCCAUCAAUAAAUUGGAAAGCAGCCUCCGAGAGCUACAGAUCUGCCCCACUGCUACUGGGGGAGCCAAUAUAUCACAAGACUUUUCAAAGCUGCUUUCUUCCGCCAAGGAGAUUAGUGACAUUGUUCAGAGGUAGUGGAGAAGACCUUCACCAGAUUUCUUAAUGUGAUAGAGCAAUGUAUUUUAUAGAAGAGAAAUCAAUAUGUCUGGGGCUUCUCUGAAUUGGCUGUGGCAAAAUGUACCCUUCAGUUAAAUAAACCAACCUCGCCUUUUCUCAUGGCAAACAGAGGAACGUUCCCAAAAGAGUCUUGUUAAUGUGCACAGAAACAGAGGAACAGACACUGUUCCUCAAGAGUGUUUUUGCCCAUCUUAAGGUAGCCAAGUCUUAGUUGUUUGAUUUUUGAUAAGUUGACUCCUUCAGUAUUUCCAUAAAUUACUUUCCUUCUCUGUUUUCUCAUAUUAUUAGGCAGCACUGUCUGACAGCUUUACAGGUGACUGACAGAAAAGACUUCAUGUGCCUCACAUUUUCAAAAUCCUUUCUUUUUUGGAAUCAAAAAAUAUAUAUUUUUGAUUACAAAAGAAACUUGUAUUCAUGAUCAUAGUUUUGACAAAGACUGUUGAUUCAUCAAACUGCCUUUUUCAGCUGUUUUGUUUUCUUGUCAUUGCAAUUGAUAUAGAAAAGGGCUUAGUUGUGUGAUGUGAAUGGUCCCUGUGAUAUGAGGAACUAUCGUUUCAUUUUGAAACCGACUGAUUGAGUAUUGUAGUAUUGCAACACUGUGCCAUGAUGAAUGACAUUUCACUAAUGGGAUCAUAAAAGUCAGUACAGUUAAUCCAUCCCUUGCUGCCCCAUCACAGCAUUUCGAUCAAGUGUUCCUUCAGUACAAUCACUAUAUAAAUGCCUUACCAAAAGUACAUAGUGGCCUUAAAGGGACUUGCUGAAUCAUAUUUAUCAGCGAAUAAAACACUACUGUCUCAAGAAGCUGGAGAAAGACUUGCAAGCAAGAACUUAAAUCAGAACUUAGAACCAAUAUAUAUGUUUGUUUGGUCAUUUUCUCAGUUACCGCUUGAUUCUGCAGACCACUGACUGAACUCAGAAAAGAAUCAUGGGAGCUCCUCAACGAACUUAGCAGUGUUAUCAAAUGACAGUGCUAACCAAACGGUGUGUCCUAAAAGAGAUGAUCGCCAUUGAGGAUGUGGGAGAUGUACACUAAACAACCAACAAACUGUUAAUUCAACGAUUAUCUUACUAAAACAUUCCUAUAUAGUUUUACUUGUAUAAUUAAGAUAAUACAGUUGUUUUCAGUAUUUGUUUGUCAACACUUUGCCCUCUGACUGCGACGCCUGAGGAUGAAGUCAACCACAAUUUGCCUUUAAUUCAACAUGAUUCUAUCAAUGUUGACAUUUCAUGUUUUGUCUCAAAAAAUCAUGCCACUACUUUUUUAUUUGUAUCAAGCCUCACUCUUUUGUAGACUAAUUGCUUUUCUUUGUAAAUACACAUCUUGUUUUCUCAUUUCAGUUAAUUCUUUCUGUAACCGUGGUGCAAUUUUUGUUGCAUAAAAUACAAAGCAAUUUUGCUACUUGAACAAUGAUUGAGUUUGUGUUUUUGU